CCUGUGACCGCCCGGACGUGUUUUGGUGUGACACACAACAGCAGCCUGGCUCCAAGUUGUCGGACAUGUGUGAAUCCGGUGGAAACGCGUCUCCCUCUCAAACUGUGUGUGUGUGUGUGUGUUGCACAAGGCCGAUUCCUGUGAGAUCCUUCUAGCUGCUUCUUAAACCAUGAGUGGCUCAAAGCCCGACAUCCUGUGGUCUCCUCACCACCCCGACCGCUAUGUCAUCUGCGACUCCGAGCUGGGACUCUACCGCAUUGGACCUGUGGGCAACGCAGAAACCAAGGCGGGCUCGCUCCCUCUUUCCGGGGAAACUGCUGCUACUUUACUCGCCAUUAACUCUGACACCCCGUACAUGAAAUGCGUGGCCUGGUACCCGAAACAUGAGCCAGAGUGUUUACUCGCUGUCGGCCAGGCCAACGGCAGAGUGGUGCUCACCAGCUUGGGCCAGAGCCACAACUCCACAUGUAAGGAGCUCGUGGGGAAAGAGUUUGUUCCCAAGCACGCCCGCCAGUGUAACACGUUAGCCUGGAACCCUGUGGACAGCAACUUGCUGGCGGCUGGUCUGGACAAGCACAGAGCGGACUUCUCUGUCCUCAUAUGGGACAUCAGCAGUAAGUUUUCCCCGGAGGCCAGUGUAACAGCUGAGAAGAUUCGUCUCUCGUCCGUGGACUUGGACUCGAGCUCAGUCGUGACCAAACCGCUCUACGAGUUGGGCCAGAACGACGCUUGUCUCUCCCUCUGCUGGCUGCUCCGGGACCCAAAGCUGCUGUUGGCCGGCAUGCAUCGAAACCUCGCAAUAUUUGACCUGAGGAACACAAGCCAGAAAACGUUUGUCAACACCAAGGCCAUCCAGGGGGUGGCGGUGGAUCCUCACUUCCAUGAUCGCGUGGCUUCCUUCUUUGAGGGCCAGGUGGCGAUCUGGGAUCUGAGGAAGUUUGAGAAGCCCGUGCUGACGCUCAGUGAGCAGCCGAAGCCCCUCACUAAGGUGGCCUGGUGUCCAACGCGAACCGGCCUCCUGGCCACGCUCACACGUGACAGCAACAUCAUCCGUCUUUACGACAUGCAGCACACCCCCACUCCCAUCGGGGACGAGACGGAGCCCACCAUCAUCGAGCGCAGCGUGCAGCCGUGCGAAAGCCAGAUCGGCAGCUUCGCCUGGCACCCGUCCUCCCAGAACCGCAUGGUGGUGGUGUCGGCAGCCAACCGGGUCAUGACCGACUUCACCGUGUUUGAGCGCAUCUCGCUGGCGUGGAGCUCCACCACCUCGCUCAUGUGGGCGUGCGGCAGACACCUGUACGACUGCGUGGAGGAUGGAGUUGAUGGAGUGGAGAGCGUGAUCGAGAGGGACAUCGCCACCAAGAUGAGGCAGAGGGCUCAGUCCAGGUACGGCCACGAUACGGUGCAGGUGUGGAGGAAUCACCAACUGGCCGGAGGGAGCGACCCCCAGCUCAAGUCUUUGUGGUAUGACCUGUUCUAUAUGAAGCAGUGUGCAGAGGACAUGGAGCUGAAACUGCAGGGGAACAAACAGACGCUUGUUUACUCUGGGAUCAAGAACAUCGUCAAGAGCAGCUCAGGCACAACAGAGAGCCGCAAGUGCUGGAGCGGCUCGGACCGCCAGACGGACGUGCCGCGCUACCACAGCGAGGAGCGCAGCCUCGCCCUGCGGCUCUGCGGGUGGAUCAGCCGCGGCCCCGAAAUCGACGUGGAGACCUUCCUGCGCUCGCUGGAGCAGGAGCGCGAGUGGGAGCGGGCGGCGGCCGUCGCUCUGUUCAAUCUGGACAUCCGGCGGGCGAUCCAGAUCCUCAACAAGGGAGCCACCGCUGAGAAGGGUGACCUGAACCUGAACGUGGUUGCCAUGGCUCUGUCAGGCUACACCGACGAGAAGUCGUCCCUGUGGAGGGAGAUGUGCAGCUCUCUGAGGCUGCAGCUGAAGAACCCCUACCUCUGCGUCAUGUUUGCCUUCCUCACCAGUGAGCCCGGAGCCUACGAUGGCGUGCUGCACGAGAGCAGUGUCGCUGUUCGGGACCGAGUCGCCUUCGCCUGCAUGUUUCUCAGCGACACACAGCUGCCGCGAUACGUCGACAAACUGACCAAUGAGAUGAAGGAAGCGGGCAACCUGGAGGGCAUCCUGCUGACGGGGCUGAGUAAAGAUGGCGUGGAUCUCAUGGAGAGCUACGUGGACCACACGGGAGAUGUCCAGACCGCCAGCUUCUGCAUGUUGAAGGGCUCCACAGGUGAUGUGUUGAAGGACCCUCGAGUCCAAUGCUGGAUAGAAAACUACCGCAACCUCCUGGAUGCCUGGAGGUUCUGGCACAAACGGGCGGAGUUCGACAUCCACAGAGGAAAACUGGACCCCAGCUCCAAACCGUUAGCCCAGGUGUUUGUGAGCUGCAACUUCUGCGGGAAGUCCAUCUCCUACAGCUGCUCGGCGAUGCCUCACCAGGGCCGCGGCUUCAGCCAAUACGGCGUCAGCGGCUCGCCCACCAAAUCCAAAGUGACGAGUUGCCCUGGCUGCAGGAAGCCGCUGCCGCGCUGCGCCCUCUGCCUCAUGAACAUGGGGACACCUGUGUCCAAUUGCCCAGGAACAGGGAAGUCGGACGAGAAGGUGGACUUGACGAGGGAGAACAAACUGGCUCAGUUCAACAACUGGUUCACCUGGUGUCACAACUGUCGCCACGGCGGCCACGCGGGCCACAUGCUCAGCUGGUUCAGGGACCACACAGAGUGCCCGGUGUCGGCCUGUACAUGUAAAUGCAUGCAGCUGGACACCACGGGGAACCUGGUGCCUUCAGACAGCAGCUAAACAGGAGCAGCCUGUCGGACUCUGAAGCCAAACACCAGCCCAAGGCCGACCAGCGCGGGUUCACUGCUGCACCCGCCGCACCGACAACUGGGCAAGGGACAAAGGGUGACGGCGGCCUCCCUCUUCGAACGCGGCUGCUGCAAUAGAAUUAAAUCCUGUUACGUAUAGUCUAGUGAAUGUAACGUGGUAACAUAGGCCUGUGCGUGAAGAAGGGAGGCAGUGUGUGUUACUGAUCUGACUAACUGACACAAUCACAUAAAGGGAGCAAAUGAAAACUCACUGCUUUGCUAAUCAAAGUCCCACUCAGGAGAAAUACACUUUAACCUGAAUCAGGCUUGUUGAUUUUUAUUAUGAUCCAUUGGAAACAAAUAUUAUGAAAAGUCCACUCACGCAUCAGGUUGUAAAGAUGUGAACACAGGUGCCAAUAUGUUUUGAGCUAUAUUUUUGUUGCUUGUGUUUUAAUGCGCUAUUUAACGUCUGCGUUUGUCGUAUGAAAGGAUCUUCACAUACCUCAUGAAAGCAUUGUUCGGGUGAGGGAUGGUACCCCGGGUGACGAGGCGGCGGGCAGCGCACAAUAACAAAACUCUCUUGCUCUCUUCAUGUUCCUCUGUGCCACUGUUCAUCUGGCAUUGUGCGGGAGGGCUUCCAGUGCGAGGGGUGGUUUUUCCAAGGGAGGGGGAGAGGAUGCGGAAUUGGAGAAGGUCGGGGUGGCGGGUGAGGGAGGAGGAGGAGGCGCUGAGGGAGGAGGAGGGAGGAGGAGGAGGAGGGGACGGGAGGGUGCUUCUGUAUUCAGCAGCCCACUCCAGGCCUGUGGCUCAUGAAAGAAGCUCCCCAGAAAACAGCAGCUGCUCGGCACUCUGACAAGACCCUCCAGAUUGUCCCCCUCAUAAAGAACCUCAGCUGCCGGAACACUAUUGACUCAAAGAGAGGGCGAGAGAACAGACAGCCUGAGCCCCGUGAGCCCCCCCCCCCCUCCGCCUCCGCCUCUUACACCCUGUGACAUACACAGACUUGCCCUCUCUUUCUUUCUCCAUCUCUCUGGUGCCCAAAUUGCACCCAAAAGCUAUGCAUACCACACAUCAAUCCGAGGAUGGGCGCCGUCUGUGGGGGGACCGCCGUGUGUAAGCCGCAUUGUAAAUGGGUUUUCUCUCUUUCUCCGCCACCCUCCCCGCUCUGUCACUAACCCAGGGAGGCAUUGUAAGUGAGAGGCGGCCUGCACCAGAGCUGGCUAAAUCACUUAGUCAUGGAGUAGGGAGGAGGGCGCAGGACGGGGGGGCGCACAAGAGCUACUGUAUGCUGCUUUCACCAAGAUCUCUUCCCGGUGUGGGAGGUUUUAUAGGCCUGCGUGCCCUUUUGUGAACUAUUUUGGAGUGGAGCUGACAAAUUGGCGAGCCGUGUAGCGUCCCGAAAAACAGAGUGGCUGGAAUUUCAUCCUUUUCAGUGUUUUCUUGUGUUUGCCUUUUAAAUAAAUUCCGACUGACUAA